AUGGACGUGUCUCAACCUUACGGCAUGAUUUAUGGUCAGGGAUGCCCUGAAGGCUCGUGUUACUAUCGCUCCCUCGAGGAGAUGCGUGGCCGCUUCAUUGCUGAACCGAGCGACUUCACACUGCCAGAAGCUGGUAUACCAAAGCUCGGUAUCGAUGGUGGUGCUAUAUGCAGUGUUUGGAUUGCAAAGUCAAGCACCAUUCCAACACUCUCCGAGGGCUUGAUUGGUAUGAUGGUGGGUUCUGCGGCUGGUGUUGUCACCGCUUGCAGCAUCGGCACCGAUGGUCUUCGUUCGUCUCGGGUACAGCGUGGCGAGUUGACUGCACGCUGGGUGCUCAGCCCUGGCGUGCCAAUUAUCGCCAUUGCUGUGGAUGAGCAAUACUCAUCGAAGCGCUAUGCUCAGAACCGCAUCUGGGCAGUCGCUCUCAAUGCGCUUGGCGAAGUCUUCUAUCUGACCAAGUUCCCAACUCGCAGUCAGGUUCCGAAGGGUGACAUGGAGCAACAUACCGAGUACCUGGGCUGGCUUACAGGCCGAAGCGUUUACUGGAAUCUGGUUGAGCCUAGCCGACGAACAGCAAGACCGGAUCCAUACAGUGAUGCCGACGUAGAUGGCAGCUAUUCUCCUCGGACUUCAUGGGAUGGUAUGUGUUUGAGCAAAGAGCAGAUUACUGCAGAGACGAAAGAGAUACAACAAUUCCUCCGCCAGCCACCAAAACAUUUCCGAAAAGUCUGUCUCGGAUGGGAUAUGCGUCGCAGAUUGGAGAUCGACUUUGCUGGGGACGACGGCCACUAUGCUGGUGAAGCCAUGAUUGUCUUUGAGUGCGGACUGGAGGAGGGAGAUAUCGCCAACGUCAAACGCUUCACCCGAUGCAAAACAGAUGGAAAAGACAAGACCACAAAUACCUCAACACCCACAUCCGUACCGCAAUCUGCUCAACUUAGUUCACUGUUUGGCGGACCAGGUACUGGCACCCCAGACCCAACAAAGGUGCCCCCGCGUGUGCGGAGUUCGUCCUACAUUUCGACCAGCAGCUCCCCAGAACGAGCAAAUCUAGUUGAGGAAUGGCGCUGCUCGAAACUCACCUUUGGAGGUUUCAAGAGCACUCAGGUGACCGCGACUACCUUGGACAUCUCAACCUUUGCCACCUUGACACUGUCUGAAGAUCCUGCGCUUGGCUUCUCGACUGCUUCAACCGCAUCUUCGCCGUACGCUUCGCCAAUGUCUGUUGCUAGCCAGCCUGCGUCUCCAUCAGACAUUCCCGGCCAGCGAGCACGAUUCGUAGCUGCCGGUACCAAGUCUGGUGUUGUACUGCUCUGGGACAUUCGAGCACCUGUAUCACGAUCAUCGGAAUACACAAACGACAUUGCUCCUGUACGCAUCAUUUAUACCGACUCACCUGAAAUAUCAUGCUUGGCUGUCACCUCUCUCUAUCUUGUUGUCGGUGGAAACGAUGGACUGGUGCAGGCUUGGGAUCCUCUAGCUUCAAGCAUGUCGCCUAUCACGACGUUGCACUCACGCCAUGCAUCCCGCGCUCGCCGGCAGCUUGUACAAGCUCAGGCUUCUGUCCAGGGUGUCGGUAUCAACAUGUUUGCUGCUGGCGCCGUUUGUCUUGACCCUGAUCCGACGGUCCUACGCGGUGCCGUGUCGCUCGGCAAUCAACUCCGGUUCUGGAGUUAUAGCUCCUCUGCAGCCGACCAGUACAGGAGUAGCAAACGCCGAUUAAGAAGGGCGGAGCGAGGUAGCAACAAUGCUGGGGAGCGCUUCCCUGGUACAGGCAGGGGCAACCUGAAGCAUUAUAUUGCCAAUGAACAGUUUGAACUGGAACGUGACGAGAAGGAGCGGCACAAGCAAGCAGAGCGUCUGGCUGGGCGUUUUGGUACGGAACUAUUGAGUGAAGAGGAGGCUUUGGCAUAUGCUGCGAUGCUUUCCCAGGAGACUUUGGAAGCAGAGGAGCUACGUCGCAUUGAACGCGAGAGCGCUGCACUAAGCGCCGAAACCAUGAUACCAGAGCCAAGCGUUCAGGCCUCGUCUUCAUCUCCGGCUAUCAAAGACGACGAAGAGCUCGAUGCCGACAUCGCUGAAGCCAUCCGUCUCUCGCUCAACGAUAACUCGGGUCCUAGCAUAUACGAGUCUGCUUUGACACCUCCAUCUGCUUUUGAAAUUCCCAUCAAGUACGCAAAGGAUAAGAAGGCAUCGCCAUCACGUUCUCAGCGCAAUGGAGCAGGCAAAGGCAAGGCAGUUGCGGGAUCGAGCAAUGAGAGUGAAAUGUCGGAUCUGGAGUUUGCAAUGCAGUUGAGUCUGGCUGAGGAACAGAGCAGGAAAGACGCGGAAGAUGCUUUUCCACCGCUCAGUCCUGCGCCUGGGGGUAAGGGAAAGGGGAGGAUGUGGUAA